UCAGACUCUAUGGCUUGUAUUAAGGCAAUUGAAUCAGGAGUAUCUAAAGCAAGACAGGAUAUAUAGUAGGGGGAAUCAGGCAUCUGUAUAACGAGUUGUUUUUAUAAAGGAAUGUGCGUUUUAUUUGGAUUCCUGGAAACUGAGACAGGGAGAUUUGACAAGUACUGUAUAUGUAGACUUUUUAACACCUAUUACAGAGCAUAUUUCACAGAACAUAAUAAUGAAGUACAUAAAGGAUACAGGGAGAUACAGCUCAAUUUAGAAGUAAAAUCAAUAUUUGUGUUCUGUUUUAUGACCUGUAGUUGGUAGCAAUGAGUCACAUCAGUGGAUCCAGCAGCCAUCCUUUCAUAAAGUCUAAGGACUCUGUAGACGGAGACGAGAAGGACGCGGAGCUGGAGACGGAGGGGUGUCUAACCGACCCGGUGACAACACCGCAGCAAUUAAGCAACUGGUACUAUUGUCUGUAUUUAUACCAGAGCUCCAGACUACAGGGAGCAGAUGACAGUGAGGCAGGGAGCCACAGGAAACCUGCAUCCACACCUGGGGAUGAGUUUAGUCUUUCCCUGGGUGACACCAACCUGCCAGCGGAGGCUGAAUCAGAGCUGCUGAGUUACAUUUCCAGGCGUCUGAGCAAAGGGGCGCUUCUAGAAGGCAUGGGGAACAUAGCGACUGUGUCACUGAGUGUUCCGGAACAAUCUCUUGGUUGCUAUUGCUGCCUGGUGCAGCAAGACAAGUUACAGGACCAGGCCGGAGCAGCAGGUGGGAUCAGCACUGAUUUUGUCAUCUGUUUCCUAGGGGGCUCGGAGAAGGGCCUUGAACAUUUCAGGCUGGAGCUGGACACAUACGUGCAGGGAUUGCAAAGCUCUCUGAGUCCACAGCAGCUGAGCGACUUAGAGACCCACAUCAGGCCUUACUUGAGCAGCUGGUAUGAGGAGUGUGUAAUGCACAUACAAAGAGUGGUACAGCUGACCCAGGACAAGGUUUCCUUUCUGUUGCAUGCUGCUUUGAGUCACAGUCCCGUGGAAGUCGUAGGAGGAGAAGACAAAGUCAAAAAGGAUAUCGACAGGUUUCUAAACGCAGCCAGUUUCCAGGGUCUGAUUCAUGAAGACACAACGGCAGCCACUCUGUGUAAUGCAUUAUCAGAGGAGCCCCAGAAAGAUGUGACUAUAGACUGCAGCCAGCAGCAGCCACAGUUCCUGAACGCAGGCAGUAACCGGUUUUGUGAAAGCUGGGUCCAGGCCUUUCUGAACGGGGCAGACGGGGGCAAUCCAUUCCUUCUGAGACAGAUUCUUGAAAACUUUAAGCUAAAGGCAAUCCAAGACCUGAACAGCCUGAAGCGGCUCAUCCAGCAGGCCGAGAUGAACCACUACGCCUUGUUCAGGUGCUACGUGUUUCUGAAGCACUGCGGGAACGGAGACGUGCUCCUGCAGAACGUGAAGGUGGAGCACGCCGAGAUGCCGGAAGCGCAUAGGAUAGUGCAGGUGCUGGAGGAGUUCAUGUAUGAAGAGGGCUCCACUAGCCUCCAGUAACUGAGCAGGACCCUCUUUGCAAAGGGGAGACUCAAGUGUCUAACCCCCGCAGAACCUAGGAUUCCUGCUCCUUGCAAUGCUGUGCCAUCUUUUAAUAAACACUACAAGCUGUCGGGAAGGAUGCAGGAACCUGCACCGCAGAUGGAUUUCAUGAAUCUAGAUUUGUGACUUAAAUGUAAAAAAACAAAAAAAAAAACAAAAAAAAAAAAACUCAGAUGUCAGAUGCUUUUCAGAUUUUACAUUCCAGAAGACUCCACUGCAGCCCCCGCUCACCCGCCCACCUCUUUACAAGCCUAACUCUGUGUUUCAUAUUUACUAGCCUUGUAUUUAUUAACACUGAAGGGCCAUUUCGGCACCCUGAAAAGAGAGACAAAGGAGCCGUUACAGAGAAGUGACAUGAUGCUAAGAGCUCCUGAAGGGCACACAAGGCUUGCACAGCAGAUCAUUGCUUGCAUUCAUUACAAAUACAAAUAGCUGUUUUUGUUGGGUAUAAGAUCCAGAUGAGCUCUCUAGUUGAACUGGAAAUAGAUGCUGCGACUGUAUUAAUAAAAUAAAGACCCAUGAGAAAUAGAAAGUGUGAUAUACUGUAUUGUGUAUAUAAUAUUGAGUGCGUUACACUGUCAUUCAUCCCAUGUCCUCCGUAUUAAAAAAUGCCAACAUUAAAGAUUAAAAAUGUCAUGCAGUAACUGUU